GGAACUGAAUUCCUCAUGCUUUCUCCGAAAGAAUUUCUCAGGAAGAAUUUCUCAGCAAAAAAAACGCCAAUCGCGUCACUGGCUGCCUUCCUGUCGUCGACAGUUCUUUUCGGAUGAGCAAACCUUUGGUCCAAUUCAACAGUCCGAUGGACCUGCUGCCAGGUUCAAGCGAGGCAACGGAGUAUGAUGACAGGCUUCUGCACCAGCGCAAUGUUGGCCGUGAAAAUUCCCAGGGCAACGCAGUUGCCCUGGACGAGGACAACGAUGAGGACGAGGAAGGAGGAAGUGUCUGCCCGCAUGACGAUGGCGGUAAUGAAGCAGAUGUGGAAGUUGGGGAUGACAACAUGCAGGACCGGGGCGCGCUUGCUGACGAGGACGCCGACACGCGAAUGCAUGGUCAUGACAUCUCCCCCGUCGACGCUUUGGGAGCUGCACGUGGUCAGCCCUCGACGUCCCGUGGGAUUUCGGUAUCACAAAGCAGGAGUAAGGGUGGGCACGACUCACAUGCAAUGCAAGGACCGAAGGUGAAGAAAAGGACAAGGGAGACUUCUCCGUCUGCUUCUACUCCCAAGAGGCAAGCCAGGACUGACGCUGUUAAUGAGGCUCGUGGAGCUUUGACAGCGUCCCAGGAGGCGCGGCCUCCUCGGAAAAACAGCCAAGGGGGGCGAUCUGGGGGUCAAGGCGAUGGCCGUGGGGGUGGUGGCCGUGGCGGGGCGCGGAAAGGCUCCCAGAGGGUGAGACCACAAGAGCUGCGGGACUCGGGGGAUGAGGGCGAGGGAGUGGAUCCUCGCAUGCCYGAAGAUGCUGAUGAGCYGGUUCAGCGCGUCGCGCCCAUCGACAUCACGCGUUGUUUCUUCCUCGAGUACGACGACCAAGGCUUUGCUACGCAAGACGUCUAUGCUCUUCGCGUGGACGUCAUGAGAAUCAAACGCAUUCCCCGCGGAAGGAUUCUUUUCAACCACCGCUCGUUGUCUGAAAACAUUGUGCGAGGCAUCGAGAAUGUCAUCGAAAGCUCCAUCAGCACGGACCCUGGGGCGUGGGAUAGGCCCGAGCUCGUGCUUGCGCCAGUUGACCGCAAUGACAUUGUCGGCGGCCAGGGAAGAUGGAUCACGCCGACGGAAUUCUUGGAAAGGGACCCGGCAGAGUUCGACUGGUACGCUGUCUGUGGUCAGCAUACCGUUGAGGCCAUGAAGAGAUUGGUCAGAAAGGACUCCCCGACAGUUAAAGUUUAUGGCCUCAACGCGUACUCUAAGGCCCCCAAAGCCAAGAUCAGCGAGAAGGAUGAGGCGGUCUUUGCACAUCAGAAAACGUGGCAAAACUUCUUGAGGGCCUGCAUGGGGAAGGCAUGCGACAAGGCGUUUGUAAAGCAAGCUCUAGAGAAUGAGUACAGUAAGGAUUUGAGUAAUAAACUCUGGGGCUGCAUGAACCUCGCCACAUCCAGUGUCGCAGUGUGGCCGCUGGUCGAGAGGUUCUUCGAGAUGUUCAACGAAGGAAAGCUGCCAGUUGGCGAUGGCGAAAUCCCGCUUGACAUGCCCGGGAGGAUGGAAGGCCGCCUGCUAGGCCCGUACACCGAUGAGACCAAGGGACAAAAAACACUGUACCAUUGCGUAUAUGCAACACAUGGUCCCAAAGGCUCCACCGUGUCGUGGACGGAUCUCUGUCCUUCCUACUUCAAAAAUUUUGGGGAUUUGACAUGUCGUGAGAGGGAAGUUGCGUUGCUCCUGCUCAUGAAGCGGGAGGUGGUCGCAACAAACGUCAAGGUCUUACCUCCAAGAGUGAACACAGAGUGCCUCCUCGACAUCAUGCAAAAGGAGCGGUACAUGGUGUGUAUGUUCAAUUAUGUUCUGUUCCGCGUAGAGGGAAGAGCAAACGACAAAUGGAAGGACGCGUUCUUCAUGUCGUACAAGGACCUUAAAGACAAGUAUGGGCCAAACGGUCUGUGCGCUGCUGAAUGGGAGAAGGAACGGGACAAGUUACAUGUCAAUAAGGUGAAGAUGGUCCCUCGACGACUGGGAGGAGUGGAGGAGGCAAGGCAAGGUGCGGACUUGGGGCCUACGGCGGCAAUGUAUAAGGAGGCUCCGUUUCAUCUUAAGGUCUUCAUAUACACUGCAAUCGAUAAGCUCUAUUUGCUUCGUGCCAAGGUGAAACGGAUCGCCUCCAGUGCGCGUCAUAUUGUGUGGGACAAGCUUGGCAAACAAACGACGUUGCUACCUGUGUGCAUGCCAUCGAAGGAAGUGUUGGCAGCGCCAGACGACAUCGUCGCUGCAGCGCAAAAAAUGACAUGCAGGGCCGCCAUCGUGGACAUCCCAUCCUCGAACUUCAACACGGCGUGGACCUCUCACGAAAUUGAUGCCUUGCACACACUGAUGACCAAGUGUUGUGGCCAGAAUUGGGUCCUUUUCUUCUUUGCACCACAGAAGGUGCAAAGCGAUGUUCUGCGUCACUUGUUCUGCUGGGAGGACGUCGAAGUCAUCCCCGGUACCUGGAAACGGGUGGACAGGCCGCCGAACGACAUCACACGAUACAACAAUAUGGCUACGACAAGUCGAGAUAUCAUGGUCAUUGUCCUGCACGCCGAGGGAGGGGAUCUAAAAAAAGUAACUGUCAAACCCAAACUUCACAACGACCUCACAACCGUGCGCGUUGUGGAGGAGAAGUUCGGGAAGUGUCAAAGAAAACACAGUGGGAUAGAGGGCGAUGAUAGUGCGGUGUAUUCCAUCUGGGAGCGAGAGCCUGGAAAAUUGCGUUCGUUGUGUGGGUCAUUUGUCGGAGAGGUGGAAGGUUUGCUUUUGUUGGGUAGAGCGCACGCAGGUCUUGUGUGGGAGUUGUUACUGGCAGGUAAUAAUGUCAUUGCCUGCGACGAGUCGGCCAAGGACAUUGCAUGUCUGACAAAGUUCGUCGAUAUACUUGUGAAGGAUGAGAGAUUCGCCUGUCAUGUUGAGAAGCCACGUUGCAAACAUCGUAGCAACAGGGACAUGUUCCACAAGUUGGGACACAAGAGACUGAAGGUGUGGAAAUACCUGUUCCGCGAUGCGCCGCAAGGACAGCUUGACGGGAAUUACAUCUACAGGAAAGCAAAGGUGACAGAGACCCUGAAACAUUAUCACGGUGCUCUUACUGGCGCCUUUGAAACUUUUGUUGCUCGAUGCGAGAUCCUGAAGUUCGAUCUUCAUAAGGACCAGCUGACGUCCAAGGACUACGCUGACCUCGCAAAAUCGGGUGACGGCUUUAACCCCGUCGACAACGAGGAAGACUCUUCGGAGUCCGACCUCGAAUUGGGCGAGGACAAGGGUGGUGAAGGUCCGGGCGGUGGCAUGGUGCGGUCACAUGAUGAAGGAACCGUUCACUCAUAUGAAAGACCCGUACCGGUAGCCGCCCACAGUGUUGGCUCGAUGGUGGCCACCAUGGAGGGCACCGGUUUGCCAAACAUGGGAAUAUGUGGUCCCAAUGAUGAAGAUGACAUUGAUAUGUCAGGCGAGGCGUCGAAGCUCGCACGAGGCGAUCCAAUUCCUCCCGGCUAUUGUGCUGAUCCGACCACAAUUUAUUUCUUGGGGGCCAAACACGCCCGCACUGGUGAGGACAAGUGGGGCCAUGACAUCGUGUCGCAUGAGGGCAUUUUUGAGCCCUGCAUCCAAGAUGGGGAGUGGAAGAUGGCGGUCAAAUACACACGCGGAUGGCAGACGUUUCGCCGGAUGUCAAAGGACACUUGGCUGAAAACGACGAAACUCGCGAUUAUGUACCACGUGCAAAAGGAGAAUCCAGGGCAGAGCGAGGGUGCUGUCAAAGACAAGGCCAAAGAAUUGUUUUUUGUAUUGCGAGACAAUCAGCAGUUGGAGUACAGUUGGAAAUUUUACGCCAUGCGAACGAGUCCCUCAUGGCAGAGGGAGGAUGACGGGACUACAGUGGUGAAGACUCAAGAGGUUCACAUGACGUCUAUGUCACAAAUCUCCGUCGCCACGACAGAACCGUCCAAACGCAUGGAUGUGUCAAACGCAUUGUCGUCAGAUGCAGGUGCCACGUACGGGAGUUUAUUACUGACAUGCGCCGCAUUAGAAGGCACAUCCGAAAUGCAGUCAGAGUCAGGUGUUGGCCUGAGCGUGCCGGACAGUCAGUUGCAACUGAAGUUAUGCAUAGGCAAAGGUGAUGCACAAUCACUGCUGAUACCACAGGGAGGGGCCGCUGCGGAUGGUGGGAAGGGAGGGGAUGUGGAGGGAAUCCUCAAUCCUCGCAAUCUUGAGACCUUAACCGAUGAUUUUGAUUAUGGGGGUGAGGGUGGAAAUGACGUGGUCAAUACGAGGGGAGUGUGAAAUGAUCGGUGAGGCGGGAGGGGGGCAAUGGAGAGGGAGAAACCAAUGAUAUGAUUACAAUGUU